AUUGGAUUGCCUUGACGUGCGAUGCAGCACUUUCUACUGUUGCAAGUCAUCACGCCUUGCAAAGUCUAGUCGUGGAGUAACCGGUGUAUCAAGUGGCUUGGGAUCAGCCUAAAUCGAUGCUGCAAAUUGCAAUAGCGGGCGCAUAUGCCGUUUGUGCACGACCAGAGAGUGUUGGCUUUGAAUGCUGACUGCGUUGCAUGCUGUCCAAAUGAGGGGCAUGGGGACUUGCUGGCAGCAGGAACUUAUCAGUUGAACACAUCUACUGGAAUCAGGAGUGGGCUUCUGUACACUUACAGUUUGCAGUGCGAUCAAGACGGGGAACAAGCCUUGCAUGACCUGGACACCAUCGACUUACCAGGGAUCUUUGAGAUAAAAUGGGAUCCCGAUCCUAGUGCUGCGACACCUUCUCUAGCACUUGCCCUCACGAAUGGCACAACGGCUCUGGUCAGGAUUCGAGAAGAGGGGAAAGCAGGCGUGACUUGGCAAGUAGAGGUUGAUGAAACAGCACUCACUACUUGUGUAGACUUCCAGACAGAUUCAGCUUGUCCAGAUAGAUUUCUCUGUGUCAGCACUUCUGCUGGUUUCUUGGCUACACUGAAGGUAGAAGGAUCGCGAGCUAUGAUGCUGGAGAAGUGGUCAGCGCAUGACUUGGAGAUAUGGGCCUGUGCAUUUGUCUGCUGGCAGAGAGAUCUGGUUUUCUCGGGGGCAGAUGAUGCUUGCUUGAAGGCAUGGGACAUCAGAGCAGCCAAAGCGGCACCAGUGAUUGUCAACAGGAGAGAACAUGGCGCAGGGGUGUGCUGCAUCCGGCCUAGCAGGGAGAAAGAGCAUGUCCUGUGUACCGGAUCCUAUGAUGAACAAAUCCGCAUAUGGGACACGCGCAUGGUCAGCCAUCCUGUGGUCACAGCCAAGGCAGCCACAGGGGGAGGGGUCUGGCGAGUGAAUUGGCAUCCUCUGGAUAGCGACCUGCUGCUGGCAGCAUGCAUGCACAAUGGCUGCUCGGUGUUCAGAGCAGAUGCAGCGGCCGGGUUGCUCGAGGCUGUAGCUCACCAUGAUGGACAUGGAAGCUUGGCAUAUGGGGCUGAUUGGUUCUGUGGGGAAGCUGCUAGGGACCACCAUAUGGUCGCCUCCUGUUCCUUCUAUGACAAUCUCUUGCACGCCUGGAGCUAUUGAUUACGGUAUACAAAGGUCGUAACUGUCCUUUUGUUGAUAUCCAGGCUAAGAGUACGCUUAACAUUGCCGAUGCAGAAACAAUCUGCAGUCAUCGCUGCGCAAUGCCACUUCUAAUUGUCCAGUCAUGGUGCCAAUCAAUCUCAUUGAGCACAUCCCUUGCAGUUUCUACAGAUUUCUCAAACAAAUGAACACGCAUCACAUGCACAAGCACUGGGAUGUUUGAAGAAUAUCUCCCAGCGAACAGGUCAGCAUUGGCCAAGGCGUGCAACUCUAGAAUCAAAUC